UUCACACUAAAACAGAAGACGCUAGUUUUGGCAAAAGCGCAAGUUUAAAAGAUAAAAUUAAGAUAAUAGUUCAAUAACAGGCACUGUAGCGCCGGAGCUAACAAAACAUAGUGUUUCACCACAUCAAUUAUUGAAUAUCUGGAAAAUGCAGCAGCAGCCGACAAAUGCGGCUUCUGGCGGAGAUGCACUGCUUCCACUUCGCGCCUGCAACACCGCCGGCUGCAAAGUGGCCACAGUGGUGGACAAGACCAAGAGGAAGUGCUCCCAAUUUGUUUCCGCUCCGUACAUAAUGCCCAAGCCAUUGGUCGUCAAUGGGCACACAUCGAUUUUUCAAGUGGGUGGCGAGAUGGCUAAGAUGGGCGACAUACCGGCCCUUUCGCAGUUGAGUGGAGGCGAUGGCGGUCAAGCUAUAUAUCGGAUAAAGCCAGGAACUCAUGCCCAUGUUGUUAACUAUGUGCUCAUCGACGAAGGCUCCGAUUCGUUGGAAAAGGCUAGGUCGGGUGACCAGGAGGCGAUGCGUCUGCUUUUAGAAUCGCAGCGCGAAAGUGCCGUGUCCAAGUUGCAAAAACUAAUAGCCAACCACAGAGGAACCCCUCCCUCCCUCACUGCCCAACAUUCAUCAACUCAACCACGACCUGCGUCAUCUGUUCCAACUCCUGGCAGUGGCCAAGUAACCACUCCACAGAUCCAUCCAGACUUCUCUAUUGCCAGCGUAGAAGGAGCUGUUAAAUUUGCUCGCCGUGCUCCACCUUCCGUUGGCAAUCCCUUAGCUCCAGUUCCUGCUGGAGCUCCAUCAGCUGUUAGUGGAUUAGAUCCGGACUCCGUAGAUCGCCUUCAGGCGGAGCUUCUCGAGUUGCGGCGCACAGUGGCGCGGUUGGAGCAGAAUAGUCGACGCUAGAUGACGGACUUCCUAUUUCCGGAAGUUAAGAUACAUUUAAACCAAAAUCACAGCGACCUAUUUAUAAAUAAUCUUUGCAUUUAAGACGUUGCUUAUUCAAUAAAAUUAUGUAGUUUAUAAUGUUUAUUGGGUGUUUUUUGUAGAUGUAUUUAAAUCCAAUCUCUGUAACACCUGCUAAAUCCGACAUUUUUGUAUAUGAAUAUGAAUAUUUCCUAAUCCAAUAGUA